UCGAUGGGUGCAACAUGUGUUCACGGGCGAAGUAAUUCCAAUUCAGAUAUUUCUCGGAAGACUUAUUUUCACGAAGGGAGGAUACCUCGAGAAGUAACCAAGACCAAGGUUCUCAUUCCAUUUGGAUUAUUUAAGUGAAAGAUAUUAUUUUCAACUUGUCCGGAAGAAGAGCAGAUCGUGUCCAGAAUCAACAAGUGUACAUUGAUUAUAUAGGGGUUUCGUGACGUUCUGAAGUGAACGGUGUGUAGAUGUGUGAGUCAUGGUUAAAUCAAUCGUCUGAAGGCGUGAACGACUGAUGUAGACUUCAGCAUAGACGCUACUAAGUGCUAACUACCCACCGCUAAUCACCACGAUGUUCGUCAUGGCACCGUAUGCUCAAACCACUGUUUACCUGUGUGUCAUUGUCUUCAUACAUCUUUGUUGCGGUCAGACUUGUCCAGGAGACCGCGGUUGUUACCCAGAUGACCAGGAACUUGUUUGGGCAACAGCUUCAGCUCCAUCAGCAAGAACCACAACAGCUAAUUCGACAUGCGGCGACCCGAAUCAAACGAUAUAUAUGAGUUUGGAUACCAAUGAUACCGCGAACCACACGUGCGCGUCGAACGCUCAUCCUAAGGAACAUAUGAUAGACAAAGACAACAAAACUAUCACGAUAGGCAGUGAUACGUAUUAUGAACUUCAACCUAUAUGGACGACGUAUUGGCAGUCCCAAAAUACUGUUGACGCUGACGGUAAUCGUACCGUUGUAGAAGUCGUUGUCAAUUUUACGGAUGUUUUUCUUAUAUCCGAGGUACAGUUAUAUUUUGCUGCUCCUGGCGUCCCCAAUGUCACGGACGACGCCCGACCUGCCGCCAUGUAUAUGGAGCGUUACUUGAACGGAAACUGGACAGUAUGGCGUUAUUUUGCUGAAAAUUGUAACGAUUUCCCCCAAACACUACCGUCGGCAACAGAUCCCAUCACAGCUUUCUGUACGCAAAUGACAAGGGGCGAUAUUUCAAAAGAACAACAAAACGCUUUCAGGAUCGAGCUUCACCCUGCAAACGAAUACAACACCGCGUUCAGGUCGAACCGGACAGUGGGGGAGUACUACACGGCUUCGGCAGUCCGGGUCACCCUCAUCAAGCCAGCCAGCCCGACACCUCUCCGGUCUUAUUAUGCUAUAGCGGAUAUCAAAGUAGAUGGGACCUGUCACUGCCUCGGACAUUCAGCAACGUGCACGGGACCUAACAUGAACGAAUGUGUCUGCAGCCACAAUACGGAGGGGGCCAACUGCGAGAAGUGUAAACCUCUCUUUAACAACAAACCUUGGAGUAUGGGAACUCCGACCUCAUCGAACGCAUGUGAAGCGUGCAGCUGCAACAGUCGGGCAGGUGCGUGUGUGUACAACGCCACCAAGGGCCACGGUAUCUGUACAGACUGUACGGGCAACACAGCGGGAGACAACUGUACAGACUGUAAAUCCGGGUACUUCUCCAAUCCGUCCCAGAUGCCAGGCUCCACGGUGGCACCGGCACCCAAUGGCACCACGUGUAAAGGUCACGAUGGUUCUGGAAGUAUAGACUAUAACUGCAACGAGUACUGCAUCCCCUGUAACUGCAGCGGUCUCGGCUCGAUGCAGUCCAGCGGCUACAAGUGUGACACAACGACCGGCCAGUGUGAGUGUAAAUCUCUGGUUCAAGGCAGGACAUGCGACGAAUGUAAAGACGGAUAUCACACCUUGAAUGGCCUACUUCCUAUCGGGUGCACAGCAUGCUCCUGUGACCCUGUUGGAACCUACAACAGCUCCAACUUCUGUGAUAAACAGACUGGACAGUGCGUGUGUAAGAAUAACACACAGGGUAGCCGCUGCGACGCAUGUAAGCCGGAGACAUACAACCUACAGCUAUCUAACGUAGAAGAUGGCUGUACGUCAUGUGCGUGCGACGUCGGGGCCGCAGUCAACAACACCUGUCACGUGACUACUGGUGACUGCACAUGCCGCAGCAACAUCGAGGGCCAGAACUGCACAGCGGUGAAGGCAGGGUUCUUUGUGCCCAGGUUGGACUACUUCACUUACGAUGUGGAAUUCGGAACAUUGAAGGGUGGAGUGGUUGAGGAGGCCCCUGGUCAUGGCCAGCUCACAGCGGAUCUCACAGGAACCGGUUACGUGCAGUUAGCCCCGGGUACUUUCGUUGAUGUUGAGGUUCAGUUACCACCCAACCUCAUCCGGGAGUUCAAGGUGGUUGUCAGAUACAAGUCAACAAGCGCGGUCGCAGAGAGCCUGGCACUUCGAAUAAGCAUGCCGAGUGGUGGAGAUUACACAUGCGAAGGAACCACCAUCACUGCAGCACAAACAUGGUCCGAGACGCUGUCUGCACCUGGCCCAGUUCCUAAAUCUUCCCUGGAACUGACGACAAAAUUCUGUGCGACUUCUGCCUACAAAUAUAUCAUUAAUGUUACCGCCACUGCCGGCAACACAGGCAGCAUCAUGGUGGAUUCGGUUGUGCUUCUACCUGAUAUUAUAAGACUGUCGGCGUACAUCAAUUCUUCGGACACUGUCAAGUCGGAGAUGGACGCCUGUCAUGCAGCCAGCAAGGUCGUGGAUGUGGCCCAGCAGCAGUCUGGGAACUGCUCCUCCCUGGAAUACUCAAUCAUGGCGGAGUUUGUGAAUGGAGCGAUACCCUGCGCCUGUGGCAAUGGGACGGUGACGGCGUCAGCGACCAUGUGCAACCCUAUGGGGGGACAGUGCGAAUGUCGGGAGGGCAUGAUCAUGCGGGACUGCUCCCUCUGCCAGGUGGACUCCUACGGCACAAACUGCUCAGCAUGCAACUGCAACAGGUUCGGCUCUGUCAAAUUAUCAUGUAAUGGGACUGGCGUAUGCACAUGCCAAGCUAACGUCACGGGUAGCAAGUGCACGGCCUGUCUGCCGAACCACUACGGACUGGUCACAGGGAACGGCUGUUCCCUCUGCACCUGCAACAUGGACUACUCCGCCAACAACUCCUGCAGUGACAAUGGCCAGUGCUCCUGCAAGCCAGGCGUUGGGGGGCUCCUGUGUGACCAAUGCCUUGAUGGUUUCUUCAAUUUGACGACAACUGGGUGUACAUCUUGCGGCUGUGAGGCCAACGGCAGCAACAGCAACGUCUGUAACAAGACUUCGGGAGUCUGCCCCUGUAGAGCCAACGUGCAGGGAGACAAAUGCAUGCAGUGUAAAGAAGGAUUCUACGGUCUGGGAAGCUGGACAAGUGAUGGCUGUCUCAAGUGCGAGUGUUCCGGUCACUCAAGCAACUGCACCACUGCCACAGGGUGGUACCUCACCCGGACGGAGAGUCACUGGACAUUGGAAAAUGUAAAUGCGGCCACUGGUGACCGCUGGACCGGCAAGGAUGACCAGGGAAAUAACGUGACCGUUGACGACCCGCUGCGACUUAAUGAAGUGCCCUCGGACCCCUCAGCUCAAUAUGUGAUGAGGUUGGUGAACAGUGGCAACAACAUCAACCGUCGUCACAUGUACUUCGUUGCGCCGGCGAAGUUCCUGGGCAACAAGAAGACGGCGUAUGGACUUUCAAUGACGAUCCAGAUGCAGGUGAACGUAACGGAGGUUGCCGCGAACAAGUACAAAGAAGGAGACGUCCUGCUACAGGGCAUGGGGCUGCCGUACACUCUCACCACCAGCCUCGUCCCGCCCACAGAUGUCCAGAUCCGCACCUAUGUGAUAAGGAUGCACGAGGACAGUUGGAUGGUGAACAGUACAGAUGGACAGAACGCCACUUAUGAGCAGAUGAUACAGACACUCACGGAGUUGACGUCGUUCAGGAUCCGUGCCAAGUUCAGCAAUGCGACUGACGCAGCCUCGGAUCUGUUUCGAGUGGUAAUGGAACACGCGACCAACAACCAGUCAGCUAGCACAGGGACACCCACCACCAACGUGGAGCAGUGUGUCUGUUCUGUGGAAUAUGCGGGUUCAGGCUGUGAGAAGUGUGCUGGCGGCUACCGUCGUACAGUUGCCUACAGUGGGCCGCCGGGCGUGUGCGACAGCUGUCAGUGCAACAAACAUGCCGUGUCAUGUGACCAGGAGACCAGCGUGUGCACGUGCAGAGACAACACGACAGGGCCUCAUUGUGAGACUUGUCUGCCAGGUUUCUAUGGAAACCCACUAGCCGGGACUCCAGGAGACUGUAAGCCGUGCACUUGCCCAGGGAAUGUAAUCGCAAAUGACGUGAAUGUGUUUGCCAUGGAGUGCAGUCUCAACACGACCUCGGGGGGUCCGACUUGUAUCAACUGUACUGUCGGCCAUGAAGGCGAAAUGUGUGAAUCCUGCAUACAGACAUAUUACGGACAACCUGCAAAUGUCACAAACAAUGACGGUAAAUGUAGAACAUGUUCCUGCAACAGCCGAUCUGAAAACUGCGACCGUCUGACCGGCACGUGCAUCGACUGCCGCGACAACACCACCGGCCAGCAGUGUGAAGAAUGUGCCCCCUCCUUCUUCGGUGACCCCUCAAAGGCCCCCUGCACACCAUGCACCUGCACAGUGUCUGUGGGUGCAACUGGGGAGUGUGACAACAAAGAUGGCCGCUGCAAGUGCAAGCCCAACGUUGAAGGAUUUCAGUGUGACAAGUGUGUCGUGAACGCCUACAACUACUCAAGUGGGGAAGGGUGCACUAUGUGUGACUGUCACAAUCUUGGCGCCACAAGUCAGCAGUGUAAUAUAACGUCAGGGAUAUGUCCGUGUCGUACCAAUGUUAAUCAACGGAGGUGCGACUCCUGCGCUGAUGCCUUCUGGAAUAUCAACGUCAACAGAGGAUGUGAUGCCUGCCUCUGUGACGUACAGGGGAUGCUGCCAGAGUCUGCCGGCAAGUGCAACCUGACGUCGGGACAGUGCACAUGCAAAAACUCUGCCUUCACUGGAAUUAAGUGUAACACUUGUUCUCCAGUGUUCUUUGGAACCUAUACAUACAUCAACCUAUUUUCCCUUGGUUCAUUUCCCAACUGCGGGCUGUGUGGCCAGUGCUUUGAUGGAUGGGCCAAGAAGAUAGACGCUCUGGGAACGGAGGUGUACAAGCAGUUCAACGAUACUGAUCAACUAUGGAGAAACUACAACAGAUGGAAGGUGUCUGAUGCAGCCCCUAAACUCGCCAGCAUGCGCUCAAACAUCAGCCUGGCACAGGGCUCCAUACAGCGCGCCGGGAACUUCACGCAGCUCUUGUCCGGACUUCAGGCAGACCUUCAGAAGGUAUCAGAUCGAGUGGCAAAUCUCAGCAGUGACGUGGACCGCCUCCAACUUCAAUACAACACAGCAAAUGCCACCUACAACACUCUCCGCACCUUCACCGGGACUGUGGACAUUGACAACGCCACCAGCGUGUCUGAGCAGUCAUUAGAGGCCAACGUCAGAAAUCUGUCGGCACUGAUCGGAAGUGAACACACCGAUGGAAACACCACGUGGCAGGAGAUACUGAAACUAUCCAUCCUCGUGGGGAGCACGGGGGACCAAUCUCGGGUGCUGCAGUACCGCGUUGACAACGCCAUGAGAGAAUUGGCAGCCGCCAUGCAAACAUUCAAUCUGAUGAUCAACAUUUAUAAUGCGAGUUUCCUGUACGGAUAUAAUACGAAUGAAAAUGCCUUGACUACUGCCAAAAACAUAGUUGCAAAAGCAGAAAGUGAUUACAACAGAUUGAUAGAGAUUCUCAAUGGUAUUGCAGCACAGAACAUGACAUCCAGUGCUAUAAUUGACGGUCUGAGCGCUCAGUCCUCCACACACAGGGACAAUAUGGCGGCAGUUAGCACAUCGAGUGCUAGCACCAAGACCUUGGCCACACAGGUCCUGCAAGAGGCCAAAGACACGCUCGCCAUUGUCAAUGUCUUUCUGGCCGCAGCCCAAACCAGCAAGGCCAACUUGACCACUGCCUUCCAGGACGUGAUUCUGGGCAUUGAGUCCCUCAACAGUCUGAUGACCAAACUGACUCAGGCGGAGGGGGUCUACCAGAACAUAAGCGCAAUAACGCUGCGACCACAGUCAGACAUGGCGGCCAUUUCUAGCAACAUCUCCACCAUCAUCAUCAACAUGGCGACCGUUGAUUCGACCAAUCAGAAGGCAGAUGAAGCACUCGUCACAGCGCAGCAGGCAAUGGUCAGAACACAGAAGGCCAGGGAUGACUCACAGCAGGCCAAGGAGGAGGUUGAGGGCAUACAGACUGCGCUGAGCCAGGCGGCCACCCUCAAGACCGAGGUCAUGACCCUGAAGCAACAGAGUGAUGCUCACAACCAGACCAUCUACAACGUGCUGGGGAUGGCCCAGGCUUACAGCAGCCAGGUGACGUCGUUGGCAACACUCACCAGCUCCAAUAUCAACAACAUCGAGACCUUCAUUGCCUCCAUCAACCAAUGCAUCACAGACAGCACCCUCCAGGCGGGCGGGCUCCGCACAGCCGCUCAAUCUGCUCUCGACAAAGCUACGGAGGCUGAACAGGGUCUGAGCACUAUCAACAGCCUGACAAGUGCCAUUUACUCACGCGUGGGCCAGAACAACGUGUCAGCACCCUUCAACAUCAUCGACAACGUCAACAAUGACAUGACUACACUGGAGACCAACUUCAACAGUGUGGAAUCCACCAUAGACUUAAAUGCGAUGUUACAGAAGUACCUGGAACAACUGAGGGAGAUUGAGCUGGUCAAGACACAGAUGCAGACCCUAGAAACAGAACUGGAUGAUCUCAUUGUGAGACUGGAUUUGAAAACAGCAUCGACAACAUCACAGUGCAGUAACUGAUGCAGCUCCGACUCUGUCAUGUACAGACGUGACGGAAACUCAUCAUUGUAUACUGUCAUCAUCAAGCUUCAUUGGCGGGUUCAGAGGGGGGAGGAGGAGCACACCCUUUGUGGCACACACUGUACGAGUAUACAGUGUCAGUGCUUCUAUCAUGUGCUUCAGUUGACAUUGUUACUUGGAAAUGUGCAUACCACACCCACAUGCACCCACACACCACUACACACACACACCCCUACACAUACCUACACCACCCCACACACACCCAACACACACACACCUCUACACACCCACACACCACUACACCACCCCACACACACCCAACACACACACACACCCCUACACACCUAGACACAUACCCACACAUCCCACGCUCCCAUUGACCCUCCUCUCCCCUCCCCACUUUCAAAAUAUCUUGGAUCCACCCCGGGUUUACAUUGGACAAGGAUUCUGAAAGAGUCCCAACCACUGAAUCCUGCAUCAUCGCAGGACAUUGAACAAUGAGUUUACUGAGGUUUUAGGUGUGUCAGUACAUUUCUACAUCAUCACCAUCAGUUUUGCAAAAACUGGAUCCGCCUCUAAACAUCCAAAGAACAUUGACUAGUGACUUUCAGUACUGAACAGAUGUUAUGGAAGCCCAUUGUCGCCAUCCGAUGAUCAUCAUCCGUUCCACACUGAACAAUGAGUUCAUUAACGGUUCCCCAACACGGAACAGAUGUGUCUGUUCAUCUCUACAUUGUCGCCAUCAACCACUACACCGGUGGUGGUGUGUGAAUUUCGGUCUGUCACGUUUUUUCUUCACAUCGUGACUUGGUACUGUGCACAAACACACACAUUUCUUUUUCAAGAUCUGGAUUGGCCAUGAAUGAUGAACCUCCAUUGAACAGUGACUCAUGCCUUCCAGUAGUGUAAAGAUGUUAUUGUUGUCAUCCAUACUUCAUUGUACAGUUUUACUAUUGAAACAGGGUCGAGCUAUUGAUGAUGUCAUCCCAUUUAGUCCACUGUCAUCUUGGAAUUGUACAGUUGUAGAUAUAUUUUUCCAGAAUUUAAAUGCCCAUAAUUAAGGGUGCAUAUAACACACGAGUGCGUAUCAUACACGAAGAAAUAAGUCUUUUGUACAUUGGCCAAUCGGAAGGGUGCUAAUUGAGAUUGUUCACUAGCCAAUAUAUUAGCAAAUAUUGCCAUGGGCACCUAGUAGAGCAGGGCGCUUAUUACGUCGAAUACGGGAUUUCUUAUACACGCGGACUGCACAGGAAACCUGUGUGGAAUACUGGGGAACACAGAUCAUUAGUCCAGGUACAGUUGACACUAUGUGUCAUAUUGCAUUGUUGGGAUAACUUGGAUCUUUGCAACUGCUUUCAAUCACUGGUUUGCCUGGUGUCAGUUAUUUACCGUUUGUCAUGACGUUAAACAACAUUCACUCACUUUACUGGCUUUCAUUUUAUUGGUAAAAUAUGCGUAUUCUUCAGAGUAAGUAAUGGCUGACCCAGGUAACAUCGUACAUGUACAUUAUCACCUGGAGAAGAAUCCACUCAGCUUAUAUUAUCAUGUGUAUCUGACUAUUUCAUACAACUGGCAAUACAUUACAAAUGAGGGGCAGUCGGGUAGCCUAGUGGUUAAAGUGGACCCGGGUUCGAUUCCCAACAUGGGUACAAUGUGUGAAGCCCAUUUCUGGUUCCCCCGCCAUGAUAUUGCUGGAAUAUUGCUAAAAGCAGCGUAAAACCAUACCCACUCACUCACUCAUAUGAAUGAAAUCUAACGUAUGUGAACAACUUUCAAGGGUUAUUCAUAGUUUGAAAAUAUGAAACAUUCAGUUGAAUAGUGACGAAUGGAGGUCAAGAUGUGUUUCAUACUUUUUUAAACUUGUGAACAUAGCAAACUUGCAUCGACUUUAUUGUUUGUAAUAAGGCUGGGACAAGUCCAGAUUAACUACCUAGGUACCGAACACCCUAUUACCCAACCCUACCCGUGUAUCCGUUGCAGGUCUUAAGAGUUGGUGAAAAAAAUCCAGAUAGGAAUUGUUUGACUGCAGCCCUGGCAAGAACUAUUUAGAUUCACGUAUAGAAUGUUCUGGUCAUGCGUACACUGGAGUUGACUGAAGCUUUGUCUUUAUUCAAGCAUAUGAAAGUCAGAAGGAAUGCGUGCACAUUCAGAAAGAAAUGUGAACAACUAUUCAGUACCCACCUGACCUGAGGACCUGAGUUACUCGUCCCAGCCCUAGUUUGUUACAAUGUUUCAAGGCUAGUAUUGCCCUAGUCCUGCACCAUGACCGUGGCAUAUAUUUAUUUUAUGAAAAAAAAAUAAUCUAGAAAUGUAUACAAAAGCAAGUCUAGCCAGCUCAAGCUAGCUCUAUUCCACUGAAAUCAGCAUAGGGAUAAAAAAAAAUAUUUUUAGAGUCAAGAAGGAUAUUGUGUAAUAUAAGAUUUCAGAGACUAAAUGUUAGUCUAGUAUUGCCCCUUCAACUGGUGAAUAGAAGAGCAUAUUUUGUACCCACAAGUGACAUCAGUGCCCGCAAUGGACAAUCUUGAUUGUCUCAUAUGUAUAUUGUUAUCCUCGUCAGCUGUUUGUUAUCACACUUAUAGCGCCCAGCUCACUUUCACUGUACUUAACUGGCUUCUCUCCCAUUAAAACUGUUGGUUAUAUCGCUAUCUUUGUACAGGAGUCCUACCUCGUGUAAACAUAACAGCAUGUAGAAGUAGUAACUAAUACACUUACUCAAUAUUCACCUGACAAGGGAGAAAGAAGUAGCCCUGAAGCGUUACAAACUAAACUGAAGUUCUUAUCCAUAAAAGUUUCAUGUCUUGAGGUCUUCCAACUUCUAAAUGCCUGCCAAAGACUUCAUAUAACCUUGUUUUCUGCUCUGUGUUUGAAUCAUUACUGUUCUAAUAAAUAUUUAUCAUUCCAGUCGUAAUAUAUAUUUAUCAUUAGCUGUAUAUGUGAGAAAUAUGAUGUACCACUAGCUUCCUGCAUCAAGGACAAGCAUGCAUUUUCUUGUUGACAUGUUUAACAUUGUAAUGAACAUUCCAUUGUAAGAAAAAACUAUUUUGAUAUUUUUAUUAUUCAAUAAACUGGUUUCUGUCCAA